AUGGUCGGCCCAUUGAACGGAAGCGAGACGGAGCGGCUGGCGAAGUUAGACGCAUCGCUUGAUUAUGAUGUCCUCAUCAUAGGUGCUGGCCAGUCGGGGAUGUACUCACUACACCGUAUGCGACAAAUCGGUCUCAAGGUGCGACUUCUUGAAGCAGGCUCGGGUGAAGGUGGUACAUGGUUUUGGUAUGUUAGAUUUGAAGAACUGCACCUUCCAUAUUGUCUUUGCUGUCUGCUCAUACUAUCUAGGAAUACUUAUCCUGGAGCUCGGUUUGACUCGGAGUCUUAUUCCUACAUCUUCUCUUUUGAUCAGUCUCUCCUGGACGAAUGGAAAUGGACUGAACAUUUCGCUGGACAAAAUGAGACACUUGCUUACUGCCAGUAUUUCGCGAAAAAGUUUGGGCUUCAUGAAGAUAUGCAAUUCGACACACGGGUCUCUUCAGCUCAUUGGCGCGAAGACUCAAGCUCAUGGCUGCUUACAGAUGAGUCAGGAAAGACUUACACAUCGCGGUUCAUCAUCUCCGCUAUGGGAAUCUUGAACCAGCCGACUCUUCCGAACAUUCUGGGAGUGAAUGAUUUUAAAGGUGAUGGAUUCCACACGUCUCGUUGGCCAAAGAACGGCGAAGAUGCCAUCAAAGGAAAGCGAGUCGGCAUUAUUGGGACGGGUGCAACUGCAAUUCAGACAAUCCAAGAAAUCAAAAAAACUGUUGGAAGCUUGACGGUAUUCCAACGGACGCCAAACUGGACGGCACCUCUACGCAACACCAAAAUAUCGUCUGAAGACAUGGAGGAAAUCAGAAAAAACUACCCCACAAUAUUCAAAAAGUGCCUGGAAUCAUAUUCGUGCUUUAUUCACAAGGCCGAUACCAGAUCAGUUUUCGAUGUCGAGGAAGAAGAACGCGAGAGACAUUGGGAGGAGCUUUACUCCCAACCUGGCUUUUCAAAGUGGUUGGGAAACUUUUGGGAUAUAAAUACCAACAAAGCUGCAAAUGAGCUGUUCUCGAAAUUUAUCGCCAACAAAAUUCGCCAGCGCGUUAACGACCCGAUCGUUGCGGAGAAACUCAUCCCAAAGAAUCACGGCUUUGGCACUCGGAGAGUACCCCUUGAAGGCGGAUACUAUGAGGCGUACAACCAACCCAACGUUACCCUCGUCGACAUCAACGAAAACCCCAUCGAGUGUAUUCACGAGAAGGGGAUCAAGACAAAGGAGCAAGAUUUUGAGUUUGAUGUCAUUAUAUACGCCACUGGAUUUGAUGCUGUUACUGGUUCCUUCAGCAAAGUUGACUUCCGUGGAAUUGGAGGCAAGACGCUCACGGAUGAAUGGGCAAAUGGCAUCCAGACCUACUUGGGAUUAACGAACCAUGGCUUCCCAAAUAUGUUCAGUGAGUUUAAUGUGAUGAUGCUCCAAUGUGAGGAGACAUGGCUAAUAUCAUCCAGUGAUCAUGGGUCCACAUCAAAUGUUCGGCAAUAUUCCUCGAUCGAUAGAGUACGCCGUGGGAUGGGUAGCGGACUGUAUCAAGUAUACCGUCGACCACAACAUCAUAGUCAUAGAAGCAACGGAAGAAGGCAAAAAGGCAUGGACAAAACACGUGCAUGA